GAUUCUGUUCUGCAAAUUUGAAUGGUCAUUUGGUCUUCGGUGGGCCAAGUAGGAAACUGGUCUCUCCCGCCACCAGAGCCCCUACAUCCAUGGCUGCUCUUUUUGCUCUUCAGUGCUUCUCAUCCUCUUUUUCGUUUCCGUCAUCUUCCCUACUCCAUAACCGGAGUUCUUUGCUUCAAAGAUGGAAACCUGGGAAUUUCUGGAUGCGGAAUCUCAAGUCAGUUUCUUCAACCACUGUUAUACAAUGGAAGAGAAGGAGAACUUUGAUAUGUGCAGUCAAUCAAGACGCUGAGGAAGCAUUCAAAAAGACUGUAGAGGUGGAUAGAUUGAUAGAUACACUCAGAGAUGCAAAUCCGAAGGAACUUGAUAAGCUUGUUGUUGAAAAUAUACUUGCUUUCAACGAAGGUUUUUGGAUACGACUUGCAGCAAGAACUGAUACCUGCAAAUCAGAAGAUGACAAAAAAGAUUAUGAAGAAUUGGCUACAUCUGUGAUGAGCAUAGUGGAUUGUCUUGUCCAUAAGACUCAUGUCCCCCCUCCUCUCUCUCUCUCUCUCUCUCUCUCCACAGAUGCACAAACACUUUCUCUUGCUCUUUCCACAGAAACACAAGACAACAGAAUUUGGUCUUUCCCUUUCUUUUUCUUCAUCUAUGUAGCGUUUUUGACACUUCUGCAUCUUCUGCAGGAAAAGAUAGAAUCAGCAACUGAUGUUCUCAAGGCAAUUCUGAAACCUGUAGUUGAUGAAGUGGAAGAAAUUCAAUGGCCUCCUAGAGAUCCCAGUGCUAUCAAACUAAUGGAGAAAGAAAUAAUCCAAAGGGAGAAAGAAGGGCAACUUGAUGAAGGUUUCCUUUCAGAAGUUAAUGCUCAGCUGCGACAAGCGAAAGAAGAUGCAGAUAAGCCUGGACUUGAAGCAAUGUUGCAAAAGGUUUUGCAGCUUUAUGCUUCUAUACUUCUUUCAAAACGGAGUUAUGCGAAGAAAGGGAAUGAGAUUUUGAAGGCAGAGCAAUUUCUUGAAACCAUGAUCAAAGCACCUGAAGAAGAAUGGAACAGGCUUUUGAUAAAUGGAAUGACUGUUGCCAAAGGAGAAAUUUCACUGGAGGAGUUAUCUGCUGUCAUAAAGAAAAGAAUCGAACGAACUUUAAUCCGAACAGAGGGAGGUUCGUACCAGCAGCGUGUUCUUACAGAGUAUCUUAAAGGAAUCCAAUCAAGAGCAGAGGAGAUUGUUCAAUUGCUUGAAGGCAAGCCACAGUAAGUAUCUGUGAAGAACUGAAAGCGAUCUAUACAGUCUGGUAAAGCAGGUUCAUCCAAAGAACUUUGUAGAAUCGGAAUACGAAUAAACUAAUACCCUGGAGAACUCGAGAGGUGAGAAAUGCACAUAUGCUCUUCGUUAUAUAUGUAUGCAGAAUCAAACACCUCCAGAACAGCCUUUGAAUAGUCUACUGCAGCUUCGAUAUGCCCUUUUGGUGACUUCACAGCAUCGAUGAUUCUUCUUUGUUGUCCCGGAUUAUGCCCUUGUUAUUGUUGUAUUCUAUGUCGUGGCUAUGGUGAUUUGUCUCUGAUGAGUAAAUAGCAUUAUGUAUAAUGAGUUCAAUGACAUUGCCCUGUGCUCUCCAAGUGAACUCUUCAAUUGUCAUGUUAUUCAAAAUCUCAAAUUAUAUUGUGUAUAAUCCUGUCUAAUAUAUGUGAGUAUUUUUGGAACAAA